AUGGCCCCUCACAGUACUAGCCCGACUUUGCCAGCGGAAUCGUUUACGCCUCUUCCAGAUACAUCCCUGCCCAAUGGUGCCAAUAGUCUCGACCGACAGGAUACACGGACCGAUCUCAAACCAGGUGCACCGUCGAUCCCUAUUGCUAUUGUGGGCAUGGCCUGCCGCUUUAGUGGCGAUGUGACUAGCCCCUCAAAGCUAUGGGACCUCUGCGCUGCCGGGAAGGAUGGCUGGUCCUCCGUUCCCGAGUCGAGUCAUUGUACCAUGCGGAUCAAGCAAAAGCCGGUAGAGUAA